GAUAUGGGCCGCUGGGUGAAGCCAGACGUUUACCCGCUGAUCGCCGCCAUGUCGCUCGUCGGAGGGAUGUGCGUCUUCUCGCUGACGAGGAACGUCUUCAUGAACCCGGACGUCAGGGUGAACAAGAACAACCGGCAGAGCGCGGUGCCGGAGAACGCGGAGGAGGGGGAGAAGUAUAGCCAGCACGCGUUCCGGCGAUUCCUCGGCACGCAGCGGCCGGAGGUCUUCCCGGCGAUCAACCGCUUCUUCGCCGGCCCGGCGACGGCGGCGGCGGCGGCAGCGACGACGAGUGACCGCGACGACUGAUCAUUACCUGCGUUUAAUUGCUCAAUUGCUGCGCUGUAUUUUAGUCUCUAUACUAGCCAAAUGCAUGAGAAGUUAAUUAAUUAGUACGUUCUACGGGUUAAUGGAUUGAUGUACGUGUGAAUAUAUUCCGGCUCGAUCUGAGACGUGUCUGAAUGAAAUCGUAUUCUGAAGAAUUAAUAAAUAAAUUAAG